AUCAGCCUUUCUAUUGGUCAGCGCUAUGAAACCCCGCCUUCGAUGCAUUUUUAACCAAUGGAAGUGCAGCAUUCUUAAUUUAAACUGUAUAAAACUUGGCGUAGUCAACGCUUCUAGCGGCGACAGAGGUUUGAACUGCGGAGCGGAGGUUGGAGGGUACUUUGUGUGGUUACCUCGAUUGCAGAUCGCGAUGACCGUCCCGUCCCUCGAGGAGCUGGACUCCUUCAAGUACAGUGACCUACAGAACUUGGCCAAGAGUCUGGGCCUCCGGGCUAACCUGAGGGCAGACAAGUUGCUAAAAGCCUUGAAAGCCCACCUGAGAGGGGAAGCAAGAAAAGAAAAUCAGGAUGAAAGUCAGACUUCUGCAUCCUCUUGUGAUGAAACCGAGCUACAAAUUAGCAGCCAGGAACAAGCUGAAAGGGAGCUGGCGAGCCAUGUCACCAAAACAAGGAGAAGGCGCAGGACUGCCCACAGGAAUCCUGACUCCCAGGAUCCUUUACAGGUAAAAACAAGUGAUCCAACUGAGUUCCAGACUCAAGAAAAGGAGGAAAAUCAGGCUUUCAGAACUGUUGUAGAAAUUUCUUCUCCACCAGAUGAUAGACAAGGAGAUAAGAAUGCGGUGUCCUCGGGAAAGAGUGAAAUAAAUGGUACUGAAGAUUCAAAGGUACCCUCAGAAAGAAAGAAGACUGUCUACACAGAUGGGUUUUCCAAAUCUGGAAAAAAUAAAAGAAUUGCAAGCACUACUCCAAACUUUAAGAAGCUUCAUGAGGCCCGUUUUAAGGAAAUGGAGUCCAUUGAUCAAUAUAUUAAGAGAAAAAAGAAACAUUUUGAACAACACAAUUCCUUUAAUGAACUGAAGAAGCAGUCCGUCACUAAGGACGUGGUGGCAACUCCAGUUGGACUCCAAGGAAGACACUCUAUGGCUUGUACACCCUCAAGCCAGCUGCGCCCGCAAGGCCGGGCCCAGGGCCCUGCAGAUCAGAGCACCUUGUGUGUGAAGGGGUCGGUCAGGCACCCCACUCUCUCAGCAACUAAAAUGAAUGUCAGGUUUUCAGCUGCUACUAAAGAUAAUGAAUACAAGCGUUCACUGACCAAGACUCCAGCCAGAAAGUCUCCACAUGUGUCCAUAUCUGAGAAUACCCCAAAAGGCCAGGCUGUGCUUGGAACAAACAAGUUACAGACCACAAAGGGGGAUUCUGCUACAGUUAUUACCCCAUUCAAGUUGACAACUGAAGCAGCACAGACUCCUGUCUCCAACAAGAGACCAGUGUUUGAUCUCAAAGCAAGUUUGUCUCGUCCCCUCAACUAUGAGCCACACAAAGGAAAACUGAAACCAUGGGGACAAUCUAAAGAAAAUAAGUCUCUGAAUGAGCGUGUAAACAGGGUUAGCUUCCACAAGAAAACUUACAAACAACCUCGUCUCCAGACCAGGGAGGAGCAACGGAAGAAACAUGAGCAAGAACGAAAGGAGAAGAAAGCAAAGGUCUUGGGAACCCGAAGGGGCCUCACUAUGGCUGCAGAUUAAUAGUUUAACAUUCUGUAAAUAUUCCUUUACUCUGAACCUUUUUUUGUAAAUAUUUUUAUACUGUCCUUUCCACUUUAGUCAAAAGAUCUUUUUCUGCUCUUAACUUUGUUCAUAAUAUGUAGUGUCGGGUUCUUCACAUGCUACAAUCUCUGAAAAGAUGCUACUACCUUAAAGCUCACACACUUUUCAAAAUGGUUUUAACCUAAGCCCCUGUACAAGUCAGUUUUCCAAUGAGACCCAUCCUAUAGGUUCUUUUUUUUCCAUUCUAUAGAUUCUUGACCUAGAUUUUUAAUGUCAACUUCCCCCUGCUGGUUCUAAUAUGAGCAGAAUUGCAGUCCUCUUCUAGGCGAGAGCAUUUACCUAACGAUAGCUUGUUAUACCACAAGCUUUAGUAGAAAUUGAACAGUAAUCACUUAUGAAUAGGGUAAGUUGGGAAAAGUUACCUCUUCAUUCUUUAGAGAAUUUAGUCAUUUUAAUGAAACUGUGGGCCAUAUAGGUCAGUUAUGGCAUCAAUAUUUUACCCAUGGGAAGUGGUUUGUUCCCAAGCUUACACACCUUUGUUCCUAUCACUCCAUGUAAUUGUUAUCUCACUCAUUAUAGUCUUAAAAACAAAAACUCUGUAGCUCAUUCUAGCUUUGCUUAUUUAACAAUAUACAGGGCCAUGUUGAAAUUUGAGGAUUGCUGCUUUAAGGAUUACUAUGCUGUCAGAAUUAAAUUGUAUUCAAUUUAUGGAAAAACGAGAGUUGCUUAGCAUCAUAUCCAUGUUUGUUGCACCUAAGUGGAGCUUCUGAGUUUCGUACUGCUUCAGAUUUUCAUAAAUAAAAUUUUUUUCUCAUGGU